UGUUAGGUACCUUGCUAUGCCCACUCCGCAGCCCCUGGUCUUGCCCUUCGCCGCCCCCAGUGGCCACGGCAAGACGGAAUUGGCCGGAAACCUUGGUCGGUUGCUCUCCUUGGGCCUCCACGGCGUCAAUUGUACGAGUUUCAGACUCGAGUCGAGCCUCUUUUGCCAGUGACCUGGCUCCGAAGAAUCCAGAACCGGGUCGGCGUACAAGAACUAUCUGGCCGAUUAUAGCGGUCGGCAUUGCAUUAUCUUCAUGGAUGAGUUCGAGAAGACAGAAGAUGGUGAACUGCUGCAAGGCUAUCUGGGCGCUCGCGACGAAUGCCUUUGACCGGAUCAUUCAUGAGUUCUGCAACAACAAUCGAGACGAUCUCUUCGGUGGCCACGGCUCCAAGGAUGCGGCAAGACGUAUCAGAACGCUGGGCGACCAGCUCUCAUGGCGAAUUCAGAAAGAAUCGUUAGUGUAUUUGGCGUGAGUGGAUGAGUCCGAGUACCUACGACGCACUAUCUUCUGCCCGGAUGCCCGACGCUCAUACACCAACAAUUAAUACUUAGGCGCCCUUAACCGGACGCAUCACUGAUUUCAUUCCCUUCUUGCCGUUUUCGC